AUGGUUCACUUAUCGACUACUCUUAUUCAUGGCGAUGAUAAACUAAACCGUGUCACAUAUGUUGCUCCUCCAAUCAAUGUUUCGACGACCUUCCGCUUCGAUAGCAACAACUUGAUUCCAGCUAAUGAAGUUAAGGAUUUCUUGCAGUCUAUUGAUGAGAAUCCUGUGUAUGCAAAAGAAUCUUACCCUAACAGUUCAAGGGUACAAGCUGUUCUCUCUGAUUUGUUAGGUGGACAUGCAGUAAUCUACAAUUCUGGUUGUUCUUUCUUCCAUGCAUUAAUGUGUCAUUAUAACCCAAAGAGAUUUUUCAUGGAUGGUGGUUAUUUUGGGGUCCAUGCUAUUGCAGACCUUCUUACUCGGAACUAUGGUUUAGAACAACAGUUUUUAGAUGAAAUUGAAGAAUUUGCUCAAGCUGGUGAUAUUGUACAUCUUGAAACACCUUUAAACCCCUUUGGGACAUCUAGUGAUAUGGAAGCUCUUGGCGAGAGAGUUCAUACUAAAGGUGCCAUCUUAUCAAUUGAUGCGACAUUGGCUUCUCCACCUUUGCAAGAUGCGUGGAAAUUUGGUGCAGAUAUUAUCCUUCAUUCAGCAACAAAAUAUUCUGGCGGACACUCUGAUCUGCUAGCUGGUGUUCUUGUUGUUAAAACUAAAGAACAAGCUUACGAAUUAAUUGAAGAUAGGAUUCAUUUGGGGACAAAUAUUGGAAACUUGGAAAGUUAUUUGUUAUUGAGAUUGUUAAGUACCUACGAGAUGAGAAUAAUGAAGCAGGAAAAAAAUACAAGAAAGGUCAUCAUUUAUCUGAAUGAGAAUAAAUCCAAAUUUAAUAAAGUAGUGAAUAAAAUAUAUCAUUCUUCUUCACAAGAUGAUGAUUUCAUUCAGAAACAAUUAUCAGGUUUAUACUGUCCUGUCUUUGCCAUUACUUUACAUUCUAUUGAUCAAUGUAAAGAAUUACCUUUGCAUUUGAAAUACUUUCAACAUGCUACAUCACUCGGUGCGGCUGAAUCAUUGAUUGAAUGGAGAGCAGUGAGUGAUGUAGACAUUGAUCAAUGUUUGAUCGGAGUUUCAAUCGGUUGUGAAAAUGCUGACGAUUUAAUUAAAGAUCUCGAAAAUGCUUUACAAAUCUUACAAAACAAAUAA